UUAUUCGAGUUCAUGAAUUUCCUGGCUGAGAAUGUCAUCUUCUGUUACAUGGGACUUGCACUAUUCACGUUUCAAAAUCAUAUCUUCAAUCCUCUUUUUAUAUUUGGUGCAUUUCUGGCAGUUUUUGCAGCAAGAGCUUGCAACAUAUAUCCACUUUCUUUCCUUUUGAAUUUGGGUCGAAAACAAAAGAUUCCCAGGAACUUCCAGCAUAUGAUGAUGUUUUCAGGUUUACGUGGUGCAAUAGCAUUUGCAUUAGCUAUUCGAGACACAGAAUCCCAACCCAAACAAAUGAUGUUUACAACAACUCUGCUUAUUGUGUUUUUCACAGUCUGGGUAUUUGGUGGGGGCACAACGCCAAUGCUCACGUGGCUUCAGAUCAGAGUUGGCGUAGAUCCAGAUGAAGACCUGAAAACAGAAGCUGCAAGCCAGAGUGCAUCUAACUUGGAUAAAAGUACGACCAAAGCUGAGAGUGCAUGGCUGUUCAGAAUUUGGUAUGGCUUUGACCACAAAUACCUAAAACCUAUCUUAACCCACACGGGUCCACCUCUCACAACAACAUUACCCGAAUGGUGCAAUCCUGUUGCCAGGCUUCUGACCAGCCCCAGUGCAUACAGUGAUCAACUGAAGGAUGAUGACACAGAUUAUAUCAUAAAUAAUGAUGAAUUGGCCGAAAACUGUGAAUUGUCUGCUCACAUAUCAGUGCCAGCCCAGGACAAAACAGGCUCCACCCAGGCUACAGGCAAGGAAGAUAUUCAUGAAGGAGACCUAGGAUUAGGAGGGUUCAAACUCCAGCUUGACCACACUGCAGGUCAACCCCAGAUGACUUCAUUGGCAUGA